AUGGUUCACUAUAAGGCCUUAGUUACGCCGCUUUCUGUUGUUCAUUCUGUUAAUGAUUCGGUAGAACCGUAUGUUGAUCCUACGCAGUAUAGGAGUCUGGCUGGGGCUCUACAAUAUCUGAUGGUGACUCACCUUGGUUUGUCCUAUGCGGUCAAUAGACUAUGUCAACACAUGCAUUCUCCUACUGUGGCGCAUUGGGCUAUGUUGAAGCGGGCCCUUCAGUAUAUUAAAGGUACAUUGCAUUAUGGUUUGUGUUUGCGUCAGUCCGCCUCGGAUGUGUUACAUGCGUUUAGUGACUCUGAUUGGGCUGGUUCGCCUGAGGAUCGCAAGUCUACUAAUGGUUAUGCGGUUUAUCUUGGAACUACAGCUACCUAUCUCUGUGCUAAUCCUGUUUUGCAUGCUCGUACGAAGCAUGUUGAGAUUGACUACCAUUUUGUUCAUGACAAAGUGGUGAAGUGA